AUGUUCCCUGUGGGUGAUGUACAGAAUCCUGAGACUCUUGCCGGAAUUUUUGGGUGCGGCUGGAGCUACCUUCCAACCAUCUACCUUGGCCUUCCCCUCGGUGCAAGCUCAAACUCAUCGGCCAUCUGGAACAAUAUUAUGCUGAGAUUUCAGUCAAGGCUUGAUGGCUGGAGAAGUAAAUUCUUAUCCUUGGGCGGGCGCAUCAUCCUUUGUAAGAGCAGCAUGUCGAGUCAGCCUUUGUAUCAGUUCUCCUUAGUGAGAGCUCCCAAAACAGUCAUUCACAAGAUGGAGAAGAUGCAGCGUAAUUUUAUUUGGUCGGGCACACAAGAUAAGAGUAAGUUUCAUUUAGUGCGUUGGAAUAUUUGUAAGGCAUCAAAGGAGCGAGGUGGCCUUGGGGUGCUGGAUCUCAAUUGUAUGAAUUCUGCUCUUCUCGCAAAAUGGUUUUGGAAAUACGCGAUGGAACCCACUUCGUGGUGGCGACAACUCAUCAAGCUUAAAUUCCCAAACCCAUCAUCUACCUGGAGAGCAGGAUCAAGUGGGGGGCCCUUGGGCUGCUCGAUGUGGAAGCAAAUUAUGAAGGAGGAAGCCUUAUUUUGGAACUUCGCGUAUGUCACUCCCGGGGGCGGAGCUUGGGUUUCAUUCUGGAAAGACUGCUGGUUGCCGGGAUUGAUCUUGAAGGAUGCUUACCCCAGAGUUGUUGCUGCCUCGUCGGUUCCAGAAGCUUGGGUGUCAGAAUUAAUAUCCUUUGAAAAUGAGAGUGUGGGGUGGGAUUUGCAUCUAUCCUUGUCCUUGAGGGGUGGGGCUGAGAGAGAGAGGCUUGAUUUGAUUCAGAAAUUGUUACUUUUACCCCCUGAUUUGAUCUCUGCAGGUCCUGCAAAGCUUAUAUGGAAACCAAGUAUGAGCGGAGACUUCUCGGUGAAAUCUAUGUACACCGUAUUCAGUCAUGAUAGACUUCCUGGUAUCGUUGACUUCCCUCACAAAGUGGUGUGGGAUUCCUUUGCUCCAACGAAGGUUAAAGCAUUCCUUUGGCUUCUUAAGCAUGGUCGAGUUCUCACCCACGAAAAUCUGAAAAAAAGAGGAUUGAGCCUUGCGAGCAUGUGUAUUAUGUGCAAAGAGGCCGAGGAAAACAUCAAUCAUCUCUUCUGGCUUUGUCCCUUCAGCAAUAAAAUAUGGAAUACUAUUCAGCAGAUGGUAGAGAUCGUUGGGCCUUUUCCUGCUCAUGUGGAUGCUGUCAUCGCUGGCUGGAAUGUUGGAAGUCAGCUACCUUGGAAGAGUGGGUUCGUUCGGGGGCUCCUACAUGCAUACACAUGGGAAAUUUGGAAGGAGAGGAACUCCAGAAUCUUUCAAGACAAGUCUGUGCAAUGGCAAGUUAUUUUCCAUAAGAUUUGCAGGUCUCUCCUCAACUGGGUUUUGGUAACUGGCACUCUGAAUGAGGUUCAUCGUGAGGAAUGGUUGUCGUUGAUGCAGUACGUUUGCCCUCUCCAAAGCUUGAGGAUUGUUUCACAGUCUACUGUUUCGGGCUGA